AAGUGGAGGUUCAAUCGUCAAUGCUGAGGCGGUAUGGGACCAUGUGACCAUGGCGGACCGGGAGUUGGCGUUUAAGGCCGGUGACGUCAUCAAGGUGCUGGACGCCUCCAACAAGGACUGGUGGUGGGGCCAGAUUGAUGAGGAGGAAGGAUGGUUCCCUGCCAGCUUUGUACGGGUGGAACCCCACCCUCCUCAGCCCCAAACAAAACAGGUUUUCUAUAUCAACCCCAUAGCAACUCCACGGUUCCAAAACACCACGUCAAAGCUGUGGGUGAACCAGGAGGACGGGGGAGCAGAGCCAGCUGAGGGGACCAGCGAGGUGCAGAACGGGCACCUGGACCCGACCAAUGACUGCCUGUGUCUGGGCUCACCCCUCCAGAACCGAGACCAGAUGAGAGCCAACGUCAUCAAUGAGAUCAUGAGCACAGAGAGACACUACAUCAAACACCUCAAGGACAUCUGUGAGGGCUACCUGCGCCAGUGCAGGAAGCGUGUGGACAUGUUCAACGACGACCAGCUGAAGGUCAUCUUUGGCAACAUCGAGGACAUUUACCGCUUCCAGAUGGGCUUCGUCAGAGACCUGGAGAAACAGUACAACACAGAGGACCCGCACCUCUCUGAAAUCGGACCAUGCUUUUUAGAACAUCAAGAUGGUUUUUGGAUCUAUUCAGAGUACUGUAACAACCACUUGGAUGCCUGUAUGGAGCUGAGCAAACUGAUGAGGGAUGGCAGGUACCAGCACUUCUUCGAGGCCUGUCGCCUCCUCCAGCAAAUGAUUGACAUCGCCAUAGAUGGCUUCUUGCUCACCCCUGUCCAGAAAAUCUGCAAAUAUCCCCUCCAGUUGGCCGAGCUUCUCAAAUACACCGCACAGGAGCACAGUGACUAUCGAUACGUGGCAGCAGCCCUGGCAGUAAUGCGGAACGUCACUCAGCAGAUCAACGAGAGGAAGAGGAGGCUGGAGAAUAUUGACAAAAUCGCCCAGUGGCAAGCUUCUGUUCUGGACUGGGAGGGAGACGAUAUCUUGGACAGGAGCUCAGAGCUCAUCUACACAGGGGAGUUGUCAUGGAUCUAUCAGCCGUAUGGACGCAGCCAGCAGCGAGUCUUCUUCCUCUUUGAUCACCAGCUGGUCCUCUGUAAGAAGGACUUGAUACGCAGGGAUAUCCUGUACUAUAAGGGCCGCAUUGACAUGGACCGCUACGAGGUGCGGGACGCCUUAGACGGGCGCGACGACGAUUUCAAUGUCAGUGUGAAGAACGCAUUCAAGUUGUGCAACAAAGACAGCGAGGAGAUCCACAUCUUCCUGGCCAAGAAGCCGGAGGAGAAGAUCCGCUGGCUCAGGGCCUUCCACGAGGAGAGGAAGAUGGUGCAGGAGGACGAGAAAAUCGGUUUCGAGAUCUCUGAGUACCAGAAGCGUCAGGCGGCCAUGACUGUGAGAAAGGUGACUAAACAGAAAGGUGUAAACAGGUGCACGCCCCCCUCGUACCCGCCCCCGCAGGACCCCCUCAGUGCAGGGCAGUAUGAGGUAACGGAGGACAUGGCACAAGGAGAGGUUUUUGAAUUCAGUCAAUCCAAAAGAGGCCAGGCUCCCUUCUGGCAGAAUUUUAGUAGAUUAGCUCCAUUUAAGAAAUAGAGAUACACAGACUCUUCUGAAGGACCAGCUAUUUUUCUUAGAAGCACUAAACACUGGAUGAUCAUGUCCCAUGAUGAGGAAAAAUAUGAAACACACACACACACACAAACACAAGAGACUCCGAAGUUAAGGACCAAUGUUAAUAUAGAGUGUGAUCUGAAGCAGCAAGAGGACUGAAGACUUGGAUUUAAAACAUUAAGGAAAAAAAUAAACUCAGUUCAUCAUAUUUGUUAGUAACGUUCUUAGUUAUCAUGCUUCUCCAGCUGAGUCAACUGUCAUGAACUCCUUCCCUCGGAUUCUGCAUUGUUCACACCAUCUGAAUGUCCUGGAGUUUAUUGAGAUUGUUAUACUGUAUGAUUUCAUUUUUAAUCCAUCAUCUGGAAAGAAACACAAGCCAAGCCAGGUCAUUCCUCAUGGUAUGAUUGUGUCCAAAAAGCUGAGAUCUUGCUGUGCUGCUAUGUGAGAUUACUUGUUGCAUUCUCCUGAAUGUGAUACUGGACAAUGACGGGCCUCAGCUCCUGGCUGUGGCGUACGACCGGACCCUUGAAGCUCGACUGUCAGCGCCACCUCUGCGUUAGAUCCACCAGACUAUUCAGGCCAUCUCUGCUCCGCUGAUGUCUGCGUCCGGAUCUCCUCCUCACUCUCGACGCCACAUAAUCACUUCCUCUAGCCGUCUGCAUACACAGUCAAAUCCCUCUGACGUCAGCUUCACCCUCCCUCUUUGCAUCCCUCUCUAUCUCUCUACCCACCUGCUCGGCCUCUGUGAGUCAGUGGCUCUCAGAGGAAGAGCCUCGCUUUCUUGGAAGCCCGCCAUUGGCUGUGAUAUGAUGGGUCAGGGAACAAAUCAAUAGUCAGAACAUCAAUAGAAUAUUUACAUCCUUUCACCAACCAAUUCUGACAGGGUAUUCAUAUCCAAUCACGCUGAAGGGGCUGUGGGGUUGAGCUUGCCACUCUGAUGAAACAGCUGGGAGCUGCAGAUAGGCACGCUGCGCUUCACCUGCCUCGUGUCAGAGCCCAUCCCUUCCCCCCCCCACUCUCCCCAGAGACCACCCCUGUAGCACUGUGCUGGCAGCUCACUGGGUGUUUGGAAAGAGCGUGGCCUACCUCCGGUAAUCCACCGAGAGCUAAAAGUGACGUUGAUGCAUUGGCCAAGGUCUAAAACAAUCUCUCUUUUUCACGUCAGCUGUUAAAAAAACAGACUUCUUCUUCUUCUUCUUCUUCUCCUUCUACUUCUUCUUCUCCUUCUACUUCUUCUUCUUCUUCUCCUUCAGUUUACUUUAUUAUUUUGUAUUGCUCACACUGUAAAAAGCACAGCACAUAUUCAGUCUGAGAAGUACUUUAGCAGGGGCAAUGCCACAGCGUGACAAAAUAGGAAAGUGUUCUGUACAGCACAAGGGGAAACGGUCAGAGAAAUAUGGCAGAAAUUUUAAAUGAACAGGACGACCGCAUGAGUCGUGAGUCAGUGCUGCAAAAGUGCACUGUCGAAGCGUUAGCCGAUACCGUAGGGAGGCCGAAAGGUGAAUUUAAUCUGUAGCACGCAGGUGUCUUCUGACAGAUUCAUGAAUCUCCGAAGACUGCAGCUUCAAAUCUUGGCACACUUCCUCCGCCGCCAUGUUUGUUUUCCAGAUCUGAUCCGUGCUCUGGCGGUUAGCUCCGGCUCUCGCUAAGUGAUUUACAAAGGACUGUGGCCCGAGAUCAGAUUGAUCUGUUUAAUCAACAAAAAGCUGCUGCGAGAGAGAGAGAGAUCCUGCCACAGAGUCCGUCAACGGGGGAGUUAGAAAGGAGAAGAUCGACUGAGGAGAAACUACCAAUUCACACACAACAUGAAGGUGUAUUCUUUUCUACAGUUGGAAUGUAAGUGAAACAAACGCCUGUCCAUGAUUUGUGAUCAUACUUUGACCUCAGACACAGACGUACACUUUGUGUUGAAUUAUUAUCACCUGACGGACAGUACAUAUACAGUAUGACAACUUGUGCGAUGUGAUAUAUCAUUAUAUAUCUUCACUAUUCACUACAACGUGAUAUGAAAGAGUUAUAUAUCGUUCUAUGUCAUUUGUUUGCCUUCUUACAGGCCUUAUAACCUAUUGGAAAAAAAAGACCUUCGAACUUGCUUUGUAUGUUGUGUAAUUUAUGUUUUGUUUCAGUAAAGAAAGUUGAGAAACGGGUGAGUUGGCUGCUGGUGUCUGUAGAGAUGGCUCCCAGUGAGAUUGUUUUUUUUUUUUAUUUGGAAGAUAACUCCCUCGUCUGGCACAGGAAAAAGAUAUGGUUCCCAGGCCAUGAUAACCUCAGGUCCAGUGCUACGCCCGCCUGCCCACACCCAUCGCCACGCUCCCCCCAACCCCCCAACCCCACGCCACCACCAGUACCAACAUUCAGACACAAGCAUGCAGGCACGCACACACACAAACACAUAAUCAUGCACAUACUUGCUGGCCCGUUCUGCUGCGGAGAAGAGAGAUGCUAUCUAACAGUGCCUUCCAGCAUUCCACUAGUGAUUAUCUAUUCAGUUUCACAGGCAGAUUUGAAUUAGUCAUGUAUUUUCCCUUCAGUGUGGGACUUGCAUCUCUCACUCUCUCUUUCUCAUACACACUGGGAAUCCCUGAAUCACUUAAGAGGUCAGGCCUUUUCCAUAAGAGUAGAUACUGUGCUGUCUGACUGAAACACUUAAAAACAUCUUAUUAUAUAUUCUGUCACACUUACAUAGCUGUAAUUUUAUUGCACAAUUUUAAAAAAAAAAGACUUUUUUCAGAUGUUUAGAAAAUACAUAGAGUUCCUUUAUCUAUUUAACAUGCUGAGAGAUGGUUUAAUUUCAAUAUAUAUAUCUAGGAAACAAGAAUUUCAUUCGUUUCACAAGUAUAUUAUUAAUGACUGAGUUAUGAAUCGAAAAGAAGAGUCAUCUAUUUUACCUUUAUCGGCUACACACUGUAAAUACUGUAAAAAGGACAGAUCAUAUAUUUGGAUAUUGGUAUUUUGCGUUGGAGACGAAUGUUGUUCCAGUUCUAGCGUGCGGUAGACCUCAUUACCAGGUAAAUGCAUGCUUGUGGCAUCCGAUAUUUUGCAUGAGACUUAAGACAACUCUUAGCAGAUUGUUUAGUUUCCUUUGACUCCUAAUGGGGUCUCUGUUUUCUUAUUUACACCACAACUCAGAACCGUUCAUUUGUGAAGCCACGCCAUCUCACUGAAGGGAGUUCUUUUCUCUGUCCACCUGUCUCCUGCUCACAUAGCGUCGCAGCUCGUAGCUUCUGUUUUUAUUUAUUGUCGAGGAGAGGAGACGUCCUCCCCUCGUGCCGAGUCAAAGACUGAACUGUGGAUAGGUGAUGUAAAGGCACUGAUGCUCUCUUUACCCAGAUAUAAUGGGGACUAUAUAAACUGUAACCUUGUUUUAAACCUUUUAUUUCUCAUUCAUUUCUUUGACUUCAACCUAAGCUGUCAUGGUCCAAACUGCUGGUUAUUUUCUUUUAAAAUGCCAUUAACUGCUGAGGCAAAAAAAAAAAACGGGUAUAAUUUUUCUAUGACAACAGUGAGCCAAAUAGGCGUAAACACCGAUCACGGGUGUUUGUGUAUAGAUUUGUAGUCGAGCAGAAAAGAUGAAUAAAUGCGAAAACCUCUCGGGAUGAUCUAAAAAUAAAUGUAAUCCUGAAGACACACACACACAUACUC